UGCUCGCUCCCAACUAUUUCACACAGCGGCGCUCAGAGUUAGGGUUGCUGUGCUCCCUCCUUGGUGAACUCUGUUAAUCUAUAUAUGCAGCUUAUAGAGGUAGAAGACAUAUACGCGUAGAAGAAUGGGGAACGAAGGAGAGAAAGUGCGAGGUGCAAUAUUCACAGACAUUAGGAGAUAUUACUGCGAGUACUGUGGGAUUUGCCGAUCGAAGAAAGCCCUGAUCGCCUCUCAUAUCCUCGCCCACCACGAGGAGGAAAUUAAGGAAAAAGAGCAGAUCGAAGAACAGGGGCAUGGGAAGAAAUUGAAUAUUUGUGAACAGUGCGGUGCGAGUUUCCAGAAGCCUGCUCAUCUGAAGCAGCAUAUGCAAAGCCAUUCUCUCGAGAGACCUUUUACAUGUCCUGUGGAUGACUGCCAUUCCAGUUACAGAAGAAAGGACCACUUGACUAGACAUAUGCUUCAACAUCAAGGGAAAUUGUUUGAAUGUCCUGUUGAGGACUGUAAGCGCAGGUUUACAAUUCAGGGUAAUAUGACACGACAUGUGAAAGAGUUCCACAGUGAAUCUGUUGAUGCUAAUGUUAAGCAACCAAAAGAAUAUAUCUGUGCAGAACAUGGGUGUGGAAAGGUCUUCAAGUAUCUAUCGAAGUUGCGUGCUCAUGAGGAUUCUCAUGUUAAGUUGGAUUCGGUGGAGGCCUUCUGUGCUGAACCAGGCUGUAUGAAAUACUUCAGUAAUGAGCAGUGCCUGAAGGAGCAUAUAUUGUCUUGUCAUCAGUACAUUCUAUGUGAUAAAUGUGGCACGAAGCAGCUAAAGAAGAACAUCAAGCGUCACAUGCGCAUACAUGAAGGGGUUUCCUCAGAAAGAAUCAAGUGUAGCAUUGAGGGAUGCUCGCUGACGUUUUCAACUACAUCAAAUCUCAAUCAGCAUAUCAAAGCUGUGCAUAUGGAGCUUAAACCAUUUAAGUGCAGUAUUCCUAGCUGUCACAUGAAAUUUGCAUUCAAACAUGUCAGGGACAACCAUGAAAAAUCUGGGUGCCAUGUCUAUACUCCCGGAGAUUUUGUGGAAUCUGACGAGCAAUUCCGGUCAAGACCAAGAGGUGGCAGGAAGAGGAAGUACCCGGUUAUAGAGACCCUCAUGCGGAAAAGGAUUGUUCCACCUAGUGAAUCUGAUCUUGUCAUGAACCAGGGAGAUGAAUACCCAUCAUGGAUACACUCUGCUGAAUCUGUCCUUUAGUACAGCUUAGCAGUCCCUUAGUAGUAGGAGUCCAUGAGUUAGGUUUUGACUAAUAGAAGUACUCUAUAUAGCAUAAACAUCAUUAUCUUAGAUCAAUGUAUGUAUAGCCUAUUUUAUCAGUAGCUGGUAAUACAUAGUGUAUAUUUGGAAGAAAUAUGGGCAAAUAACUAGUGUAUCAUAGGUUUGAGCAUGUCUGGGCGGCUAGCUGCAGUCUACCUUAGUGUGCCAUUUUGUGCAGUGGGUUUGUAUAUGGAUUCAGUGAGUGGAAAUAUGAUAAAAGUUUUAAUUAAGCUGGUGUUUUUGGUGAGUUGCAUAA